UCCAAGGCCAAAGCCGAAGCCAAGGGUAACAAAAUUUACCCGAGUCUCACACCAAAACCCAGCCACUAAACCCAAAACUUUCUCACUCUAUCUCCAAUGGCAGAGCAAAUAGCUCUCCCUCUUCUCCUUCCCAACCCACCUCCCUCCUCCAGACCCUUCUUCCAAACCCACCACCAACCCCAAAACCCAGCCACUCCCCCACCGCCUCCCAUGACCCCUCUCCUCCAAGAGCUCCUCCUCCACCCAAACCCCUCCACCCCACAAACCCAAAACCCCUCUUCCCCUUCCACCCUCCCCAGAGCUCGCACUCGCAUCGGCAGGUCACGCGACUCCAACCGCGGCAAGCCCUGGUCCCACCACCGUCUCUCCUCCCAAGGUCAGCAUAUCCUCCACUCCUUUCUCGACCCACAAUUCGAUUCCUCCGAUUUAGGUGAGAAACUUGUUGGUUUAGUUGAAAUGCAUAGGGAUGAAUUUGGUUCUAGCUUGGACUCUCUUGCUUUGGAUUUACUGGGUAUUGUUAAAGGUUUAAGCUUUCACAAGAAAUUUGACUUGGCGAUUAGUGUUUUCGAGUGGUUUAAGAAACGUGAGGAUUGUGAUUCGGUUUUGAGUGGCUCUGUUGUUGCUGUGAUUAUUAGUAUUCUGGGGAAAGUGGGUCGGGUUUCAAAUGCAACUUCGUUGUUUCAGAAUUUGCACAAGGAAGGUUUCGCUCUUGAUGUUUAUGCUUAUACUUCUUUGAUUACUGCUUGUGCUAGUAAUGGGAGGUAUCGGGAGGCGGUUUCAGUUUUUAAGAAAAUGGAGGAAGAGGGGUGUAGGCCGACUUUGAUAACUUACAAUGUGAUUUUGAACGUGUAUGGAAAAAUGGGUAUGCCUUGGCACAAGAUUAGAGCUCUUGUGGAGGGUAUGAAGAGUGCCGGGAUUACCCCAGAUUCUUAUACAUAUAAUACGCUUAUUACUUGUUGUAGGCGCGGGUCUUUGUAUGUGGAGGCUGCUGAGGUUUUUCAGGAGAUGAAAACAGCUGGGUUUGUGCCUGAUAAGGUUACGUAUAAUGCAUUGUUGGAUGUAUAUGGGAAGUCUAGGCGGACAAAGGAAGCAAUGGAGGUAUUGAAGGACAUGGAGUUUAAUGGGUUUUCUCCCAGCAUUGUGUCUUACAAUUCGUUGAUAUCGGCUUAUGCAAGAGAUGGUUUGCUGGAGGAGGCAACAGCCUUGAAAACCCAGAUGGUGGAGAAAGGGAUUAAACCAGAUGUUUUUACUUACACCACCCUUUUGUCAGGAUAUGAGAAGGCUGGGAAGGAUGAGCCGGCAAUGAGGGUUUUUGAGGAGAUGAAAAGUUUUGGUUGCAAACCAAACAUUUGUACCUUUAACGCCCUUAUUAAGAUGCAUGGUAACAGGGGAAAUUUUGCUGAGAUGAUGAAAGUUUUUGAAGAGAUUAAGAUAUGUAAGUGCACCCCCGACAUAGUUACUUGGAACACACUUUUGGCUGUGUUUGGCCAAAACGGGAUGGACUCGGAAGUUUCGGGAGUGUUCAGGGAGAUGAAGAGAGCAGGGUUUGUACCCGAGAGGGAUACUUUCAACACUCUAAUAAGUGCAUACAGCCGGUGUGGUUCUUUCGACCAAGCUAUGGCUGUGUAUAAAAGAAUGCUGGAAGCUGGUGUUACUCCAGACCUCUCCUCCUAUAAUGCUGUUUUGGCAGCACUGGCUCGAGGUGGCCUUUGGCAACAGUCUGAGAAAAUACUUGCCGAAAUGCAGAAUGGUCACUGCAAACCCAAUGAGCUUACAUAUAGUUCUCUGCUCCAUGCUUAUGCCAAUGGCAAAGAAAAUGAGCGCAUGCAUAUUCUUGCUGAAGAAAUAUACUCUGGUGUAAUUGAACCCCACGUUGUUCUCUUGAAGACACUUGUUCUCGUUUUUAGUAAGAGUGACCUCUUGAUGGAAACAGAACAUGCCUUCUUGGAACUGAGAAGAAAAGGGUUUUCACCUGACAUAACUACCUUGAAUGCGAUGCUAUCAAUAUAUGGUCGGAGGCAGAUGUUUUCGAAGACAAGUGAGAUUUUGAAAUUUAUGAAUGAGAUGGGAUAUACUCCUAGCUUGACAACUUACAAUAGUUUGAUGUAUAUGUACAGUCGUUCAGAAGAUUUCGAGAAAUCAGAACAGUUUCUAAGGGAGAUAAUGGAGAAGGGAAUAAAGCCUGAUAUAAUUUCGUACAACACUGUCAUUUUUGCCUAUUGUAGAAACGGUCGUAUGAGAGAGGCUUCGCGGAUAUUCUCAGAAAUGAGGGACGCUUGGAUUUCUCCAGAUGUGAUCACUUACAACACCUUUGUGGCAAGUUAUGCAGCUGAUUCAUUGUUUGAGGAAGCUAUUGAUGUGGUCCGCUACAUGAUUAAGAAUGGCUGCAAACCAAAUCAGAACACAUACAACUCCAUCGUGGAUUGGUACUGUAAGCACAACCGACGGGAUGAUGGAGUUCAGUUUGUCAAUAACCUUUGCAAUCUUAAUCCGCAUAUAUCCGAGGGGGAGGAGUCCAGAUUGCUAGACCGUAUUAAAAAUAAGUGGUCAUAAUUAGUUUCUCCUGUAUGAAUGGGGUUGCUGCUUGAUUGGCUUAGUUUUAGCCUUGAACGCUUUUGUAGCCUUGAACGCUUUUGUACAUCAAGCCGUUCAUUACCUCUUGUUAUGCUCAUGUUAUAUAUAUUUUGUUCGGGCAUGGAGACGAGGAGGAUGUAAUUGUCUUGUUGUACAUGAUUUUGUUGUUUCUCGGAAAGGCUAGCUGCAGGAUAUUGUGAAUAUUUUGUAAGUGAACAAAUUAAGCUACAUGUUUGUUCGGUUUCAAUUUAAAUGGCCUGGCCUGAAGCGUAUUUGUAUAGAUAAAGCUGAGAUGAAGCAGUGGGUGCUGAGUAACUUUCGAGGUAUGUACAAUUAACUCUUCGUCGUUAACCAAACUUGCCUGUAACUGCGGAAGCUUUGUUUAUUUUGAUAGUUAAAUUGUGAAAAUUUUAGGGUUGCAACAA